AUGUAAUUUGCUUCAUUGUUAAAAUAAAGUAAAAAGGCAAAUUUGUGCCCCAUUCCUUCUGACUAGAACGUGUUUUUAAAUGUCAAUCUAGUAGUGUUGCUUAGCAAGCUAUAUAGAAUACUUUAACUUAGAACAACACAGUUAGUGGGGGGCAAAGUUCCCCAUAGAAGAGUCGCUCUGGACAGGUGCCAAUAGUAUCCAACACAUGUUAACAUGUAGCCUAAGUUUCACAUUUACUGAGUCAAACAUAAUGGCCUGGGUUUUCAGCAAUACAAACAACCACUUUCCCGCAGAUGCAAACGUAUCUCUGCACGUAUCGUAAAAACCUGCCAUUUGCCUCUGGCACAUGGUUAUAUCCCCAAUAAAAUGACAAAGAAAAGGGAACAAAAAACUGGUCCAGACAUUUUAUAUGUCAACUCGAUUUUAUUUAGGCCUACAUACAAUGAAAAUGAUUUAUUUCAUUUAAGAGGGAGAAAAGAGGGGUGACUGAAAGAGAAAAGAAAAGAGAAAUUGUGUGUCAGAGUGCUGAGAAAAGAAGUUUAAAAUACCUUGAACUCUUCACCGCUGAGAUGGCUAAUCAGUAUUGAGGCUCGGGGGCAAUCGGGUAGCUUUUCAAUGCGGGCCCUCCUUUCAUCUCAAUCGGAAUGGAGGCGCUCAAUUAAAAGCCUAUCAGUUUGUAAGUAAAUCAACGCCUAUCAAAGUUGUCACUUCAAACAAAACGAUUAUUAUUGCAACCCGCCUCUACCAUUAAUCUCUCUCUGCGGUAAUCCGCUUGACAGGUCAUUGGAGAGCAAGAAAACCUGGAGUGGACGGUCACAGGGGGCAGAAAAACAGCUGGAAAAGUAAAUACAUUUAUUUUAGGCCUUCAAAGAAUUGAAGGACACUGGUUGACAGGGGAUAGGAAAACUAUAGGAUAUAAUAUUUGACGUUAUAUGAUAGCCUAAUUGGACGUUUUUUUGGGAAGCGAAAAUACAAAAUAGAACUCGUGUAAAAUAUGUACGCUACAUAAUUGAUAGUUUAACCAUAUAUAGGAAUUAUAGACAGAAUAUUACAAAAGUGUAACUUUUGACAUUGGCCUAUAGGCCUAUUCACACGAAGCUCAAUUUAUUGUAGCCUUUUCAUAUAGGCCUAAUGGCUAGCAUUAUAUGAUAGCAGUUUUAUAUUAUAAACUGCUAUCAUAUCAAUGUUUUAUAUUUUGAGGCUUAGAAUAUAAAGGCUAUAUCUAAAAUGAAUUUACAUUGUAGCCUAAUGGAUUUUACAUUUAAUAUGAUGCAUAGACUACAAUGGCAUUAGAUUUUAUUUUAUUUAUUCUUAACAUUUUAGACCAUAAUAUUUUACUGAGUGUAAUUUGUGAAUGCCUUCCUCAUUACCCUAUGUGCACAAAGUUGUCAUUAAUAUUUAACUGUAGCCUGACAAGUUAAACAAUAAAAACAUAAAUCAAUUCAAUUACAUUGUGACAUUUAUUUUGGUAGUAAUAGACCUACAAAGUGGAAACCUACUAAGCAAAAAAGUGUCUGACAAAUAUUAUAUUUUUUCAUGACCCUGAAAGGCUGUGGACUUUAAAGGAAAACAAGAAUGAGCAAACGGCCCUUUCUUUCUAUUCCUCCAAAUGGUUUCCUAUAUUGGACAUGACUGUGAGGACAUCCCAGAGUUCCUUGGAGAAAGAUAUGGACUCUUGACAAGACGGCUAGAUCUCAGCUUCAAUCAGCUAAGGUCACUGGCGGGCCUCAAAGCGUUCACUGGGCUGAAAGAACUGGUCGUCGACAACAAUCUGCUCGGAAACGACCUCCAGUUGCCCAGGUUACCCACCCUCCACACCCUGACACUCAAUAAGAACCAACUGACUGACAUUGAGGCGCUGCUGGAGCACUUGGCAAAGGCGACACCGUCGCUGCAGUACCUCAGCCUGCUGGGAAACGAGGCCUGUCCCAACCAGCUGGUCAGCCUGGACAAGGAUGAGGACGACUACCAGAGAUACAGGUAUUUUGUUCUGCACAAGCUACCCACCCUAAGGUUCCUAGACACUAGGAAGGUUUGUAAGAUUGAACAGCAGGAGGCUGAAGCACGGGGAGCCUUCAUGAAGGUGGUUAAACCCAAGUUAUCAGACAUGGUGGCCCCAGGUGACCCCAGGUCUGAGUGUUCCUCUAUGCCCUACACCCCUCUACCCAGAGGCUCUAGAGACGGCAAGAACCACAAAGGUGUGUUCGCCAAGUGCCGUUACGUCUACUAUGGAAAGCAUUCGGAAGGCAACCGAUUCAUCCGCAAUGACCAACUCUGAUGGACCGACAGAGAGACGCAAACACACGCACACAAGCUUCAUUAUACAAGUCGUUAAAUAAAAAUUCAAACAUCUUCAUUAAAAUGUCUCUUCCAUAACCUAUACUGUCACUCUCAGACCCCAGUCCUGGCGCCGUAUCUAUCAAGCUUCUCAGACUAGGAUUGCUGAUCUAGAAUCAGUUUUGAUCAUGAAUGAGAUUAUAUGGACAGGGGGGACCUGAUCCUAGGUCAGCAUCCUUCUCUACGCUUUAUGAAUACGGGCCUUGUAGCGUAGUGGCCUGGUCUCCUCCUCCUCCGCUGAGCUGUGGAUGGCUCUCCUGUCAGCUCCACUCUCCUGCCCCAGAGUGAACAUUGGCACUCACGUUGACAUAAUUGCAUUCAAGCAGCAGUGCUCCACAUAAACACAACCAUAUACAAAAGUGCAUGCAUGCACGCACACGCACCCACAGAACUGUUCACGCAAGCGCACACACUCUCUCUCUUUCACACCCACCCACCCUAACACACACACACCCCGUGGCCACGGUGAUGGACAGCUCCAGCCAAGCGGCUGAUUUGACAGCCACAGCAGCCAUGAUGGAUCACCCGUCCCCUACCGCCACUCAUCAGGGGUCAGAGGUCAAACCUGAUGCCUCACUGGGCCUGUGUGAAUGUGCACGUGUGAGGGGGACAGGGGACUGGGCGUAAUGAUGUAUAUUUCAAAAUGUAAGUAUACAGUAAAUUUCACUUUUAGAGUGGCAGCUAGGAGAAAGAAAGAGAGAUACAACAUAAAACUAAUAAAGUUUUAAAAACCUUUACAAUUCCCACCCCUAAGUCCACCUAGAGAUAAAUUAUAUAAGAUAGGUAGAUGUUUACACCUGGCACAUCUCCAUCUUGUCUAAAUUGGGGCUUGAGAAUGUUAUCAGAGGGGAUUGGAGAGAGGGUGGGGGCAAUGCCAGACAGGAGAGGGGGAGGAGGGCUAAAUGAAAGUAUAGGAAAGUUAGGAUAACUUUUCUCAAGGAGUCCACCCUUGUGGUUCUGAAGCUGUAUUUGAAUGGAUACAGGGCUUGCCUGCAAGAGUAACAACACUUCACAACUUUUCACUUACCAAAUGUGUUUAGAGUUAUGCUGUUGGCAGAUAUAUUUUAAUAUGGUCUGUUUUUAAUGGAAAUUAAUUAGUUUAGUAUUCAAUUAUUGCAUGAUAAUGUACAAUUUGAAGAGAUGUUAUAUUUUCGAAUGCACAGUGGAAAGACAAUACAACAUUCCAAUACAAAAUAAAUAAAGAACACAUUAGAGACCAAAGAAACAUUCAACCUCUAACACUGUCAAAUAGUUUCACUAAAUUAGGUUUGCAAAAUUCUGGUAACAAAAUGUCCAGGUUAUCCAGAAAUCCUAGUUGGAGGAUUCCUGCUUAUUCCCUCCUGUUUCCGUUGAUCUUCCAACCGGGAUUUAUUGAAAUCCAGAGAUUUUGGGGAUGGUUACCAGCAUUUUGCAACUCUGAAUGUUCUAUUGAAACUGAGAUUAAUCAUUUCAUUUUAAUAUCAUAUUAGUAUGGAAUUAAAUUGUUAGUUCAUUGUGAUUGAUGAAUAUUACCUCAAUGGGGUUAUGAAGGAUACAGAAGGCAUGCUUUUAACAUAUUAUAGUAUCAUUAUAGUAUCAUAGUUAGGAACUAUAUUCCCACAUCUUUAAAAUGUAUGGUAAUUUUUCCUGAAUAUAAACUUCUAACAUUUGUGAAUCAUGUAUACUGAACAAAAAUAUUAACGCAACAUGCAACAAUUUUAACGAUUUUACUGAGUUACAGUUCAUAU